UGAGAAUUCGACCCCACCCUUCUUUCAAUUCACUACGCUAAAGAAGAAGGAAAAGAAAAAUCUUAUCUUCAUUUCUGGGUUCCUGUUCUUCAUCAAGAAGCAAUGGGCAUGUCCAUAUUAGCUCCAAAUCCCCAUAUCCCAUACAGAGAUUUCCCCUACAGAGACCACCCAUCUUGGAGCAGUGGGAGAAGCUUGAAUUUGCAGAGAUCAAAUGGGCAUGGUUUUGCCUAUAAGAGAAGAGGCGAAUGGAAGAAAGUGGGAAAGAAAGAAUGGAGAAUCUGCGCUUCUUGGCCAGAUUUGUUCAGGCCAUCAUCUGUGGAGAUGAAACCCAUCGAGGAUUGUGAGCAGUUAGACCAGAUUUUGGCAGAGGCUAAAGAUCUCUCACAACCCAUCAUCAUUGAUUGGAUGGCUGCUUGGUGUCGAAAAUGCAUAUAUUUAAAGCCAAAACUGGAGAAAAUGGCUGCUGAAUAUGAUACAAAAAUCAAGUUCUACUGUGUGGAUGUAAACAAGGUUCCCCAGACUCUAGUGAAGCGUGGAAACAUCUCUAAAAUGCCCACAAUUCAGCUUUGGAAAGAUGGAGAAAUGCAGGCAGAGGUGAUUGGAGGUCACAAAGCUUGGCUUGUAAUGGAAGAAGUCAGAGAAAUGAUCCAAAAGUUCAUAUGACUCUGCUGCCCUUACAAUCUAGGACCACCUUCAUCUUGUUCAUAUUCUGCAAUAUAUGUUUACAUACUUUUUGCCA